ACAAGAUGAGUUUUGUGCGCUUGAUGGGGUUGCGUAAUCUUCCCCGCAACAACCUUAAUGGAUUUUGGAAAGAUUUAUCCCGUACGACCGCAGUGAAUGUCAAUUCCUCAGCUGUCAACUUUCCGGCCGCCAUUAGAACGCUGAAAACUUUUAACAAAGUGCAGAAAACCAUUCUAACCAAAGAACCAAUCUCUGCAUUUAAUCAUUUUCAACGAAAGUAUUCUUGCGAAAACGUUGGUAAAACCAUGGAGGAAAACUGUGUGGUUCCGGAUGUGAUUUCCAAGGCUCCGGCUGCAACGGCCGUGGUGGAGUAUCCCUGCGACAUUGUCGUGAAGCCGGGUCAGGUUUUGACCCCCACCCAGGUGAAGGAUCAGCCUUGCGUGAAGUGGGAUGCGGAUGCCAGCAAGCUGUACACCCUCUGCAUGACCGAUCCGGAUGCCCCGAGUCGCAAGGAGCCAACGUUCCGCGAGUGGCACCAUUGGCUUGUGGGCAACAUUCCCGGCGGUGAUAUCGCCAAGGGCGAGGUCCUCUCCGCCUACGUGGGAUCUGGUCCUCCACCAGACACCGGCCUCCAUCGCUACGUGUUUCUUAUCUACGAGCAGAAGUGCAAGCUCACCUUCGACGAGAAGCGGCUGCCCAACAACAGCGGCGAUGGACGCGGAGGCUUCAAAAUUGCGGAAUUCGCCAAGAAGUACGAUCUGGGUGAUCCCAUUGCCGGUAACCUGUACCAGGCGGAAUACGACGAUUAUGUUCCCAUCCUCUACAAGCAGCUGGGUGCCUAAUUUUCACACAGUUUAAGACAAGUAAUGACAAACCAUUCGGCAGAGUUAUUCUUAUAUAAUGGCAGUUGGAAUUGGAAUCAUAACUUGCAAAUCUAUUGUAAACUAAAGCCUGAAAAAAGACCCCAUCAAACAUCUGUGAAACAUUGUUGCUGGCAAUAAAAUUGUUAAAGACAUCGACUGCAUAAA